CGAUUUUUCACACUUGCUGUCUGGUCAGCCUAAGCUCAGGCCACUGAUUUAGAUGUUUCAAUAUGGACUUAAAGAGCCUCCUAGUUUUAAAAGUCUCGGGGCCUUUGUUUUAGAGAUACCCCACCGGCUUGCAGAGAGAAUUCCUUCUAGCUGGAAGGAUGAUGGGACAUAGGACUCCCAGGGAGCGAGCAUAAGUGGCAGUGAUUGUAAUAAAGAACUGGAAGAGUCGUCUAAGUAGUGCAUGGAAAACAUGCCUCCUCAACAGCUUGUCGUUUUGCGUUCCAGCCUUGGAGAGCUGCUGGUCUUGUCCCCAGGAUGAGUGGUCUCACGGGGGCCAGGCCUCCUGCUGGAAGAAGGCUGUGGUGUACCUGUUCUGGUCCGAGCCCACCAGCGUCGUGCUGAUCAUGCUAACGCUAGUGGGGAUGGCCCUCACUGUUUCUGUCACGGCGUUGUAUGUGAAGCACAUAGACACCCCUAUUGGCAAAGCUGCCGGGGGGCCCAUAUUUUACUGCCACAUGGCCAGCCUGCUGGGUUCCUUUGCCAGCGUGUUCCUCUUCGUUGGGGAGCCAACGGGUUGGAAGUGCAAACUUCGCCGGCCGGCCUUCGGGGUGAGCUUCACGCUCUGCCUCGCCAGCAUCCUGGCCAAAUGCGUCCGGAUUCUGGCUGCCUUCGCCACUCCCGUGGGAAGGCCGACAAAGCUGCAGACAAGCCUUUAUCUGAUUGUUCUGGGCAUCCUCCCCACUCUGCAGUGCAUCAUCUGCUUUCUGUGGCUCCUCCUUGACUCUCCUGGGGUCAGGCGUUCCUACCCCAGGAAGGCAGACUACCUGGUCAUCGAGUGCUUCAAUGAAACAGGCAUCGGCUUCUCCUUCAGCAUGGGGUAUCUCUCUGCCCUGGCCUUCUGCUGCCUCACGGCUGCCAUCAAAACCCACUCUCUGCCUAAGAUUUUCAGUGACUCCCAGGGCAUCUCCUUAAUGAUGGUGACUUUCUUUGCUGUCUGGCUCUCCGUGAUGCCAGCUCUGGAGUCGGGAAAGGAGCGAAUGGUUGAUAUGGUGGCCGUUGUGUCUAUCCUGCUGUCUUCCUACAGCGGCCUGGCCUUUCUGUUUUUCAAGAGAUGCUAUGUUAUGUUGUUCAGACCCCAUCGCAAUACUACAGAGUGGAUCAAGAAAACCACGUACGUGUACUGCCAAAAGGUUGCUAGCAAAGCCAAUCUGAGCAUCCAACUGGACCGCAGCACCGCCACCACGGACAUGUCUGCCUAAGGGGUGGUGGUGGAAUGAACGUGGGGAUGCUGGGUGUUAAUUGCUCAAAUUGUUUGUAAUUCUGCUUGCUUUUGCUGUGUAAAGGCCCCUGCAGGGCUGGGUUCAGGCAAAGCCAGGUCCAAACCAAAUAAAUCCAUCAAGCCCCAAAGCAAGGGGAGGGGGAGAGAAAAAUGGGCUUACAAAUUUUGGAGGCCCCUAUAGAAAAUUUUGGAGCCAACCCCUUCAGAGCUUGUCCCUCAGGCCAGCCUCUUACUUGCUCUUGCCUUAAUCUACCCUUGCUGUUUGGGCUCAGACUGGAGCCCCGGACUCUGUGACUGGCUGAUGCAGGUUUCUUCUUGCUGUGUGACUUUGGGCAAGUCACUUCGUCUCUCCGUGCCUCAGUUUCCCAUCUGUAUUUCCUUUCUCUCACCGUUUGUCUGUCUUCCGUGGUUAGACUGUCAGUGUGCUGAGGCAGGGAUUUGUUGGCUCUCGCAGGGUACAGGACCUAGCGCAGUGAGGGUCCUACCUGGUUUGGAGACUGUGGGUGGUGUUGCAAAUAAUAACAAAUCCACCAAUGUUCAAGGCUGUUUGCACCCAUGGGGUUGAUUCAGUGCCAUGGCUACUGAAUAUAGUUGAAGGUUUGGGGGUGGGCGGUGUCACGGAUCCACAGGAUCUGUGCCACCCACCCCCCUCUAGCUUGUAAACAGUCUCUUGGAGGAACCCCUGCCAUGUGCAGACCCCCAAGGAGUGUCUCUAAUUUCAGGGUAGGCCCCACAGCCUCACCCCCUCCUAGGCUGAGCUCUUGAGCUCUAACACUCCUGCUUCACACCCUGAGCACUGCCCAGCAUGUCCAACUGGAAUAGACUCCUGGCAGAGACUUGCCCAUUAUUCAGGGACUAAUGCACUCCAGCCAACGUUUGCAGCGCCCCCAGACACCCUUUUCAAAAGAGAGGAGGGUUUAUUAGUCAAGUGGAACACAGCACGGGAAGUCUUUAGGUUAGCAGAGAAAUAAAAGCCAGCACAAGUCACCAGCCAAGCUGUAGCGAACUCUAGUUCCGGCUGUCUCUCUCUGACCUCCUUAGUGAGUCCCAGGAAAGAUCUGCUUCCUCCGGAAACCCACCCUUUAUCCUCUGCUGGUCACGUCUCACUCCUUCGUUCCUGAGCUGUGGUCUUUGCUCAGCUUCCCUGCUGGGGGUUGCGGGGAGAACCUCCUUCCUGGUUGUUUCUUAGGUGUUAAUGUUUGGUCAUUGGGGCUUUUCCAUUGUCUCGCUGGGAUUCUGCAUUGAUAUGGGUUGCUUUCAGCAGGUUCCUUAACCACCCUGCUCACUGCGGCCCAGAUAGCCAGACAACACCCCCAUCUCGUGACCUGUGCUGCCCCCAAGAGCAGACUUAACACUUUUAAGAAAGCAAAGUGCAGCGGGAAACUGAGGCACCUACAGGCCUCAUAAACAUAUUCCAGAAACUUCCCGCUUCGUCACAGGAGGCGUUUGUUGAGAACUGGUAGUGUAGUGCAGUGAUUCUCAACCUGUCCAGACUCCUGUACCCCUUUCAGGAGUCUGAUUUGUCUUGCGUGCCCCCAAGUUUUACCUCACUUAAAAAUUACUUGUUUACAAAAUUAGCCACAAA